GAAAAAGAGUUUCUUGCUGACCUCUCACAAAACAGAGAACACUGAGAACUAAAAACGCGGACAGAGCCUACAGUGUCAGCUCUGUAACCAGGCUGUCUGCAAAUAGAAGUGAACUGACAACUCUGGUACUUUUUGGUUCCAAACAAGAUGAAGAUCCCUUGUUUGCUGCUGAGAUUCCCUUGUCGUUAUUUCUCCAGAAGAACUUACUUUGUGAACUUUCGCUUCACUUCCCCAGCAGAUUUCCCGGGCCUUGAGUCUCCCGGGCCAGCACAUCACUGUCGCACAAAAUGGAUUUGUUCAUCAAACGCUUUGAGGAGAGAGCUGUGCCAGCAGGCAGCCCCUGAGCUGCAGGCAGAGGAGCUUUCUGACCAGGAGCAGAGAUUCGUAGACAGACUUUACCAGGGGCUAAUCCAGGGCCACAGAGCCUGCUUAGCUGAAUCCAUUACACUCAUAGAAUCAACUCAGAGUAGGAAGAAGAAAGUAGCCCAGGUCCUCCUUCAGAAGGUAUUAUCCUACCACAGGGAACAAGAAAAGUUAAAUCAAGGAAAGCCACUUGCCUUUAGAGUGGGGUUGUCUGGUCCGCCUGGUGCUGGAAAGUCGACCUUCAUAGAAUGCUUUGGGAAGAUGCUUACAGAAAGAAACCACAAAGUGGCUGUGUUGGCUGUGGACCCUUCCUCUAGUACAAGUGGUGGUUCCCUGCUGGGUGAUAAAACAAGGAUGACUGAGUUGUCGAGAGACAUGAAUGCAUACAUCAGACCAUCUCCAACCAGUGGGACUCUGGGAGGUGUCACAAGGACCACAAAUGAAGCCAUUCUGCUCUGUGAAGGAGGAGGCUACGAUGUUGUUCUCGUGGAAACAGUGGGUGUGGGCCAGUCAGAAUUUGCUGUGGCUGAUAUGGUUGAUAUGUUUAUAUUACUGCUACCACCUGCGGGUGGAGAUGAAUUACAGGGCAUCAAGCGGGGCAUCAUUGAGGUGGCAGACCUGGUUGCUAUCAACAAGGCUGAUGGUGAUUUGAUUGUGCCUGCCCGGCGGAUCCAGGCUGAGUACGUCAGCGCCAUGAAGCUUCUCCGCAAGCGUUCCAAGGUUUGGAGGCCAAAGGUGAUGCGCGUCUCCGCCAAGACCGGCGAGGGUGUCUCAGAGCUGUGGGACAAGAUGGCCGAGUUCCGCGAGCUUGCGCUCAGCAGCGGCGAGCUGCUGGCCAGGCGGCGCCGGCAGCAGAAGGUGUGGAUGUGGAACCUCAUCCAGGAGAACGUGCUGCAGCACUUCCGCUCCCACCUGGCCGUCAAGGAUAAGAUCCCGCUCCUGGAGGAAAAGGUUCUUGCUGGGGUCUUGUCUCCUGGGCUGGCAGCUGACCUGCUGCUGAAGGCGUUCAAAGAUGCUCUCUAAGCAUUGUUUGUACUCUGCUCUUGAUGGGUGCUUUAUGUGAAACAUGUGAACAUUAAAUGCACUUUUUCUAUGUGUUGAUUCUGAUGUUUUGCUGCAGUGGAAAUGCACUGAAAACCUAUCCAGUACUCUGCAGAAGAAUUCUGUGGAUUCUGUAUGUGCAGCGAUCAUGACAAAUCUAAACACUCACUAAGAGACUACUACACACUAUUGGAGAAAAAAUAAACUUCCAAAUCUUCUGUUUCUACAUGCCUUAGAUCUGUUGAUAAAAACUGGAUGCCUGUGUAGAAUGAUUGGGUUUGGGGAGGGCAGGAGAGCGAGGUUUGUGGUGGUGCAGGGUUAGGUUCUGGUUGUGGGGUCAUCUCAGAGCAGUUGACACUGCAGCUUUCCAUUCUAAUAUAGCAGCAGCUGUUGCCAGAAUGGAUUGCAUUUUCUUUCCUCACCUUGAGUGACAGCAAGAACAUUGCACUGCCUGACAGCACCAGACCACAGCCUUAGUUUUAAAUAAAUUGUAUGCAUAUAAAUAGAACACAGUGGUGUUUGGUCCCUCUUUGGAAGCUGUGGUUAGUUAUUACACACUAUACAGUAGGAGAAGGGAAUUUUAACCAUCCCAGUUUCAAAACAGAUGUUUUAUUAAAAAACAAAAUGUAAUUAGAUUUUUUUUGACAUGCAGACAUCAGAUUAGACAAAUGUUACCCAUGAUGUUUUAAUAGCAAAUGUCUUUAUACUAGAAUAAUUUGUCUCUAAAAAUAAUGUUUUAUGGUUUUCUGAUCUGACUUACAUUUUCUGGAUUCAAACAAAAUGGCAGUCGUGUUUAGUAUUUUUUUUCUUUAUCUCUUGCAGAAGACAGGACUGCUUCCAACCAAAAGCACUUUUCUAUUUUCCCUUGAGAAAAAUCUGGAGGAAACAUUUUCCUGAUCUAUGAUCUAGAGGCAGAGCUCAUCUGGUACCCACUAAAUGUGAAGAAUAAAGUGGAAAAGUGCUGAUUUUUGGAGAUCUGACAGUAAAACCAUUAAAAUAGGAGAAUUUGUGAGCCUGUUGGUACUUAGGUAAAUUAAUUUUUAAAGAAAUAUAUUGGCAGUGAUAAUUUUCACAGUUUUGAUUUUCUGGACAUGUACAUAAAAGGUAUGGUAACUUCAGCUCAAUUUCACCUGUUUGGCUUCUGGCAACCCAAUUCCAGUAGAGCAGUGAAUUGGGUUACUUAAAUCCUCUUUUUACCUUCAUGGUGUUUGUUUUUGUUCAGGGCUUUUUUCCCCCUCAAAAUACAUUUUUCUCUUCAUUCCCCUUGUCUCAGUUGUUACAUGGUGAUCCCAGCUCUUGCCUGCUAGGCACUGUUUGCAGUGCAACACUAAGGAAGGGCAUUGUGGUGUUUUGGGGGCCAUACAGCUGAGGCAUUUCUUUGGUAAGAAAAUUUGCACAGGGGGAGCUGGUGGUAGUGGCUUCCAUCACCUAAAUUGUCAGAACUCCUGACCACUUACUCCUGUUUCUUAAUCACUACUUUGGGAUUGCUGCAAUCAGUUACAAAGAAGCAGCUGAAGGAAUGUAUGGAGUGGCAGAAGCACAGUGACUUUGUUCUGACCAUGCUGAAUUGUGAGAGAAAUGCAGUGCUUACUGUUUCUUUUUUAUUCAAACAACCUUUAUUGAAUAUGACAGAGGGUGCCCCGAACCAAAAGCAACUUCUUGUGUCCUUUGAGUCCUUUCAGCUUUAAAUACUGACUGUGUUUUAUGAUACCUUAUAGAAGAAAUGACAGUCAGGUGGGGAAUGAAUUAAUGAGAGCAGCAGCAUUUUAACCAGGGAAUUCUCAAUUGUUUGAUAGUCCCUUUGUUUCAGGUGGCAGUUUUUGAGGUGACCUCAUUUGUGUUUAUCUGUUAGAUCAAAUCUUUAUUAUGGUCAUUGCUUCUUCUGUCAGGACGGCUGUUUUCCUUGUCUGUCAUACAUGAGCUGCCAAGCAAGUAAAACAGAACCUGCAGCUUUGUUUAAAUGACACCUGCUCAAGCAGAAUAUGUUUUGCAGCCUCUUCAGUAUUUAUUUUCUGGAUGCAGAUCUACUGAUCCACUCAAGCCAUGGGCUAUCAUUAUUUUCUCAUUUUGUUCCUUCUUUUAUAAUAUUGUUAAUUUACAAAUGAACUCUUAGCAGAAGUACAAUGGCUUAAGCAGGUUCUUCAAACUGCAUUUUCCUUUUAAAGCAGAGCAUUAAAUGAAAAUCUGAUUUGCCUUCUUUAUGUGUUCAGUUAUGCCUCAUACUUCAGUAGAUGGAGAAAUAUCCAUAUAUUGAAAGGAGUCUUUGGAAAUGAAAGAGUAAAUGAGGGUCCCUGUUUUGUUUUUCAGUGAUUCCCCUACCAAACUGAAAAGCUGUACUAUGCAAAUUAUGAACUGAGCCUUCCAUGUGGGAAUGAAAUAGUUUGUUUUACAGCCUGUAAAAUUUUGCUGUGAUGUGUUGUGUUGUGAGCAGUCAGCUGCUGCUCAGUUUAUUGUGCAGUUUUGUUGAUGUUCUUGUGGGCUGGGCAGAUGAAUUGUCUUCAGAAGGACUGCAGAGCUUCAGCUGGUCAGCUACAACUCCAUAAACAAUCCACUGUGUCCCAAGAUAGGGAAGAAUGUUUCCAGCUCAUAAUUUUUUGCUCUGUGGGAUUAACUUGGCUAAAAUGCAUUAAAAUAUUGUUAUUCAAGUAAACAGGCUUCUGAAAAGAGAUAGUAAACAAAUCUGUUGAGUAGGAUGUUGACAUAUUCUUAGUUUCUGGAGUUGUCAAGCUGCUCUCAUGUUAACACUUAAACCUACAGCUAUUGCAGAAUAGUAUGGGAAAAUAAUAUAACUUCAUGAGAAGCCAAUAGCAAGAGGGAGUUUGUAGCUGGAGGUAUGACAAACUGAGACAACUGAGAGACAAAUGAAUAGACAAAUGAGUUAGAGAGGUAAGGAAUAAAGUGUUUACAUACACAAAGUAAUUUUCUACAAAGUCGUGCAUUUGUCUGCAAGUGUGAAACUUUUCCCCAGGUGCCUGUGUAAUAGAUGUUGCUGGUGUUUCACAGCUGGCAAAAACAAGUGUGGUGAGAUCAAGUGAUUUACCCAGGACUCUGAAACAGGUCAGAGAGUGUAAGGGUUACAGUUCAAUAGUCUUUACUCUGAGCCCCACGUAAUAUUUACAGCCAUGUUACUUAAGGUUGAAAAAAUGCUCUUAGCAAGUUCAUGCUCUUAGUGUGACUUAUUCCUUUCAUAUCUAAUCUCUCUGUUUUCAGUGACAGGACCCAGUGACCCCUUCUUGACUACUCUUCUGUUGUAAUGUCCUGCUUUAAGUAAUAAAAAACUUUCCUUUGAUAUCUAAUCUGCCCUUGCCUUCUGCAAAUGCAUUACUUCCUGUUGUGCAUGCUGCUUCAGCCUUUGUGUUCUCCUCAUAUAUAUUGCUUAUUUGUGAAAUCUGCAGUGUGUUGGCUGUUUGAGAUUUUGGGGCAUGGGAGUUGAGUAAAGCUAAAGAAUACAAAGGAACUUUUUUUUUAACUGUAUGCAGUUCCCUUCCUAAAGUUUUCUUUAGUAAUGUGGCAAGAUUCAAUUACUGAUUUGCUCUGUACUGGUACAAACAUUCUUAUUUCCCUUUUAUUUUCCUUUCUCAGAGGGCUCUGUUGCUCCCCCUUGGAUGCACAGUCAAUAAGUAGCAUAGUCCAUGAGUUAAAAUGAGAAAAACGUUUUUACAGAGUUUAGUGCUUCUGUAACUAUUCCUGCUAGACUGUUCUAAAACUUUUAUAAUUUGAUGAAAGAUUGAACAAAAGUUGGUUAAGAAUGUAUUUAAGGAAACAUUAGUGUGUUUCCCUGAAGAGUUGGACAGUCAUCAGUGCACAGACUGACUAGCAACAGGAUUCCUCUUCCAAAUACCAGUUCAGCUACUCCACAGUCAUAUUCUUACAGUUUAUUUAAAAGUAGCCACCCCCCUCAUAAUGGAACAUUUGUAAACCAAGAAUAAAAAUUUCAAAAUUAAAAACUCAGAAGCAAUUAGAGUACAUACUUAGAAUGGAAGGAUGACAGACAUACUCUGUUCCCUUCUGUCAUACUAAGGUAUGGUUCAUCUGAUGAACAAGGAAGGAGAAGAGGGCUGACAUUCAUGACAUUGUAUGGAGAAGGUACAUUAGGGAGCAGCAAAAGGAAUGUAUCUUUUUCUCUAUUUUUCCUCCCAUGGGAGCAUAAGAAUUAUCUUGGAUAAUUCACUGUGAAGCCACAGAAACUGAUGUGACAGUGUUUGCUGUGUGAGGCUUACAAAAAAUUAUAAAUUCAAUGCCUGUUCCUGUCUUUUGGAUUUGUUUAUUGCAUGGGACCGUGUGAUGCUUGUCCUUUGACACUAGGUGGGUUUAUUUGUAAUUGUGCUCCAAGUGGGGAAGAGUUAAAAGUUCUUGUAGUUUGAGUAAAAGAUUGUUUACUUGUCACAACUUAAAAGCUUCACCUUUCAGAAUGCAUGAUAAGAUUGCUGUAUUCUUCCUUAAAAUACUGUGGCAAAGUGAGUUCCUGCUCUGUGUCACUAUGUCUUCAUUUUCUCUUACAUCUCUUCCACUGUUAGAGUAGCCUGUGAAAGCUUUAGUUAUGCCCCUUUUAACAUGACUCAAAUAUUCAUGCAGUUAAUCAGGGGCUGACAACACUUCUGCUUUGUUUCUUCAACUGGAAGUGCCCACUACAACCUAAAGAUGUCAACUGUGAGGAGCCAAAGGCUGUUACAGCUUCAGAGGCCUGGGCUGACCUGCCCUGUGCAGGCUGCAAUGGCUGGGGAUGCUGGUGUGUGUCUAAUGAGAAAUUGCUGCACGGGCUGUGUGGCUGGAGCAGUGCACACUCACACUGCUAAAGGUUUUCUCCUGGCCCUGAAUCUGUGAUCCUGUUUGUAGUUCUCUAAUUGCAACCAGCAGAAGACAAGGGUGAUGUUGGUUUUUAUGACUUGUUGCUUAGCAGCGUUGAUCAACAGAAGUCCAACCUUUUCUUUUGCUGUGACCUCGGUGAACCCGGGCUUGGCCGGAGCUCACCAGCGGGGAACAAGGGUUUCUGAAGCUGUGUGAAUCUCCUGUGCUGUGCCUUGUUAGCAGUGGCUGAGGGAAAGCAUCUCUUCUUGACCUCCUGGUUACCUUUGCCCUUUACUCUCUUUCUCUCUCUCCUCACAUCUUAGAAGAAAGCAGGCACCGUCCUAGGAAGAUUUGGAGGAUGGGAAAUACAGGGACAAGUCAACUAUACUAAAGAUGUAUCCUGCCUCUUUUCAGGAAAAGGAGCUAAGCUGGUUCCCAGACUGUGAUGUCAGACCCUCCUCUCAUGGAAGGAGAAGGACUUCAGCCAUCACAAAGGGAUUUCACAAACUGAACCAGAAGUGGCAUUGAAGUUGAAAAUGAUUGAAGGUCUGCCCUGAAUGUGUGCCUUUAUCUGAUCACAUCUGGCAAAGCCUGUAAAAUAAGAGCAGGGAGAAAAGAGUCUUCAGAAAGUCCCUUUCAGAAAGCUUGUGAUGAGAUGAUGUGAGUCUUACACUGGAAGCAAGAUAAUUGAUUUGAGUUUGUUCUGCCACUGCAGCUGGUUACAACAAGCAGCCUGCCCUCUGCCAGAGCAGAGCAAGAGGAGGGCAGGUCUGAGCGCUUCUGCUGGGGUGAAGUUCUCUGGCUUUCAGUGUUUGCACAGUGAAUUCAAUGUCAACAUGCACACAGACAGCAGAUCUCAGAGGAGUCAGAGGAAAGAAAGCUCCAGUGAUUUUUUAUUGUUGAAACAAGCACUGCUUCUAACUGCUGGAAUGCAGCUGCACACUGUGUACUGGAAGCCUGGAUGCCAGGGAAGUGUUAAUCCCUGCAGUCGAGGAAUAUGACAUGGAUACUUUAGUUUGUCUUCAUUUGUUCAGCUGGUCCUUGCCCCAGGCAGGGCCUAGACCAGGCUCAUGUGCUCAUUUGUGGCAACUUGAGGCAGUGAGAGCAAACUGGGAGAAAAUCCCUACUCCUGUUCAUGGAUGCAGCCCAGCACCUGUGGCUCCAAAGUCCUGCUCACCCAUGUGUGAGCACCUCAGGCACAUUCCCAGAAGAGUAACAAUCCAAAGUUUACACUUCCAGUGAAAUGCUGUCUGAGAAGUGCUGGAAAAAGAAAGUGUGGGCAGGAAGAGAGGGAGACACCACAUCUUCUUGAGGGACACCAUGACUUACCAACUUUGUGUCAGAGCUUUUCUUUCAGCUAAGGAGUCAGAAGAGGAGCAGUGAAUUCCAACACCCAGCAACAUGUACAAGGUACUGAUAAAGGCCUUGAAAAUCAGUAUUCACACCUCAGGAGAGUAGAAAUAACUGAAAGGAGUUUUUUCAGUUGAGUAGACAUUAACACUGCCCUAACUGCAGGAAAAAGGCAAUCCAGAUAUAUUUAAUGUUAACAUUAAUAUAUCUGAGGGUGAUUCUUAUCUAAUGAACACCCAGAUCAUUUUCUUUCCUUGGUCAGUGUUUAAGUAGUUCUAACUUCCUUUUAGGAUGUUGGGUAUCUUUUCUUGUUCAGUGGAGUCAAUUGUGUACCUUUGCUUCUUGGAAAUUUGUCUGCUCUUAGGGUUUCCUUCUUUAGUGUGCUCUGUGCAUUUUAAUUGUUCCAAUAAUCUCUGCUAAAAAAACCCAGUUUUUCUAAAAUGCUGAUGAAAUGAGUACACAAUAUUUUUAUAAUUAAAAAGAAAUUAUUUUCGUGACAA